UUACAAACAUUGCUCAUCCUUUGUGGUCUUCCAAACAAAGAAAUUGAUACAGAUUUGUAACAACAUGAGAGCGAAUAAAUGGGUGAACUAUCCCUCAUCACACAAAUGCUUAUGGAGAAUAACUUGUUAAGUGAUGUAUUAGUUACAUUGAAUCUCACCGAAAGCUGUGACUUUUCUUAUCUACUGGUAUUUUAAGCGGUAUGAGCAGCUCUGUUCCAGUCCAUUUCCCUAUAUAGCCGCGUCACUAUUCCAGUCCUGAUAACUUUUAUCAAACACCCCAACUUGUCAGUAUAAAAGCUCAGCAGCUGCUCCAACAACACACACUUCCCGACAUCUCAUCCCAUCUGCACCGUCACCCGCACCGCUAUGGCACCAAAAAAGGUCGAACCUAAGAAACCAGAACCUAAAAAGCCAGAGCCGAAGAAAGAAGAAACCCCGGCCCCUGCUCCGGCUCCGGUCCCAGAGACCCCCAAAGAGCCCGCGCUGGACCUUAAAAGCAUCACGCUCGAAUUCACCGCCGACCAGAUCGAAGAGUUCAGAGACGCCUUCACGCUCUUCGACGAGACGCCGACCGGUGAACUUAAGAUACGGUACGCUCAGUGCGGAGAUGUGAUGAGGGCCCUCGGUCACAACCCCACCAACGCCGACGUCCUGACCAUCCUCGGGAAGCCCAAGGCGGAAGAAAUGAACACCAAAUACCUGGACUUUGAGACUUUUCUACCCAUGCUGCAGCACAUCUCGAGAGCCAAGGACCAGGGAACCUUCGAAGAUUUCGUGGAGGGUCUGAGGGUCUUCGAUAAAGAAGGGAACGGGACGGUGAUGGGCGCCGAGCUCCGCCACGUCUUGGCAACGCUCGGGGAGAAGAUGACAGAGGACGAGGUGGACCGACUGAUGACGGGACAAGAAGACGCCAACGGCAGCAUUAACUACACAUCUUUCAUCAAGCACAUCCUCUCCGGGUGAGCUUAAGUGUGCAGAAGAAAGGAACUCGAAAUAGUAACAGUCAAAACACUGGAAAGAAAAUAUGUCUUGUUUGUGUGUGUUGGACGGCGCUGAAUAAAAGUCAUCCAAGUUUU